CUCGACGACAACCACCACAAUGGCCCAAACCACGCUGGACGACUGGACGAGGGAUCCAGUAGACCCUGAGAUUCGUGCUCACGUCUACAGUCUUAUUACCGCUCUUGGUGGUAUUGGUGAUAAUGGCACCUACGCACUUGGAGACGACGCACUCGUAUGUCUGAAAGAUCUGCGGAAAUGGCUGAAGUUUGCCGACGGGCAAUUGAACCGUCGCGAUGUGGCACGAUGCAUGGCCGAGGCGAAUCUGGUGAGGGGGGACCUACUGGAGAUACUGGCCAAAGUAUCGCCUAGAGUACUUGAACAACCGUUGAAGCACAAGUUGGCGGUCGCUACACUGGAGCUACUUGUUCCCUUAACCUGGCCAUUCGAGAUCGAUCCAGUCGAAGCGACUGUGAACCACCACCGCCAUGGACCCUAUGUCCAGCUCGCACAGAUCGGAUACAAGCGCGCUAUCCUACAGUUCGACCGAGACCGAACUCUCCAGACCGCCGUGAAGGUCGCCCUGCCCUCUAUGGCAAUACCUUUGCGUGAGAGGUCACCACGAGAUGAGGGCAUAAUUCGCAUCGCCUUGUACUUUAUACGCAACAUUGCUAUGCUCUCGCCGCCGAGCAGCGUACCUAUGGAUAUCGACGAAGCGGAGGUGUCACGGUCUACGACAAUUGAUACCUUUCAGGAGCAGGACAUCUUCCAGGUGCUUCUCAGUAUGUCAUCUAGCAUCGGAGAAGAUUUCGUUGCGCAGGAUGUUGUACUGUUGGAGAUUUUGUUCUUCUUGCUCAAGGGCAUCGAUGCAGAGAGGCUGUUUUUGGAAGACAAGAAGUUGGGCAGCAGGAAUGCCAAUGAGCUCAAAGACUUGAUGCAAAAAGAGAAAGCAAUGCUCGCUGGAUACGCACGUACCGCACCAACACGUCAUAAUCGCUUCGGCACCAUGAUAUGGCUGAAGCAAGAGGAUGAGAAGGUCACGACCGUUUCAGGACAAGAUGUGCUUGGAAAAGCUCAGGCUACCCUGGACAAAAUGGACCAAACGAAGAAAUGGAACAAACCAAGACGACCAGGACGCAAGACGGAUUUGGAGCAAGAAAAGGAAGAGUUCGACUUGCCGGUUGCAUUGAGUACGUCUGCACGAACUCAUAUCAAAGCGUUCGUUGAAGAGUUCCUCGACUCAUCCUUCAAUCCGUUAUUCCAGCACCUCAGGAAGGCUAUCGAGCGCGAAACCGAACGUGUAGAGACGCGACACUCGCGACAAUUCUUCUACCUUGUAUCGUGGUUCCUCCGAGCAGAGUGUGCAAGACGUCGAACUAUCAAGGAGAAAGCCGCCGAUCCCAAGAGUCCAGCGGUUCUUACUGCAGAGGACGAAAGCUACGGCUUGAUUGCAGAAGUCACGAAUCAGGAGACCUUCAUUCUGCUGAACCGUUUCAUGCAGAAGAGUCAGGACGAGAAGGCAUGGCAAGAUCUCAAUGCAGGUAUGAAAUGCUUUACUCAAAUUCUGCUCACUGUACACGAAAUGUCUGAAUCUGGACUGGAGGACGACCAAGAGAUUGCCGAAAACAUCCAGAAUCGCAUCUUUUACGAGGAGUCUACUCACGAUCGCGUUGUCGUGAUCCUACGAUCAUACAGAGAUCAAGGAUUUGGCUACCUCGAUGCCGUUACGGAGCUCUCACAUGUCUUCUUGCGUAUGCUGGAGCGUUACGCGAAGCAGAACGUAGACAUGCAGAUCAAAUCGAAACGACGAGCCCGCAAAAUCAAAAAGAAGCAAGCGCAGGCGGAUGGUGCGGAGGGCGAGGACGAAGGUCAUAUCUCGGAGAACGAAGACCUUCAGCAAGCACAGAAGACGGUCACUGAACGCAAGUUUGACUUCAACCGCUUCGCUGCGAAGUUUGUGAAUCAAAGCAGCGUCAACACAUUCGUUGCUUUCACUCGGUACUUCGCCGACCUUGACACUGAGCAAUUGAAGCGUGCGCAUCGCUUCUUCCACCGUGUUGCCUACAAAAUGGAGCUUGGCGUCUUGCUAUGUCGAGUCGACAUUAUUCAGCUCUUCAACAAGAUGAUGAAGGGACCGCGCGGCCUAGACCAAGAGUCUCCAGCUUACAGAGAGUGGGAUGACUUCGUCAGGCAUUUCUUCAGACAGGUAGUCAAGAGAGUGCAGGAGAGGCCAGAGCUAAUAGUCGAGAUGCUGUUCAGCAAGAUCCCCCAGACGCUGUACUUCCUCGAGCAUGGUCAUGACCGAGAAGUCCUUACACGUGCACCGCGCCCACCAGCUGAACUAGAGGUCAAGCCUGGGAUGGAGAGGCCUGAGCAGAUUGGUGUUGCGGUUGGUGUACUGGUCAACCAGCAGAAGUCAGACGCUUUACAUUGGGUCCGAGAUGUUCUCACGUCGUCCGCUGAAGAGCGGAAAGCAUGGGAAGAUGCAGAACAAGCCCGCAAAGAACUGGCAGCAGCCGAAGCGCCUGAAGGCGAGGCAGCUCCAGAAAGCGCGGAGACUGAGGCACCAACACCACCUUCCAUUCUUGUCAAACAUGACACCGCAGACCGCAAAAUCGCUAUGUUCAAAGAUAAUAAGCUCCGUCUACUUAUGACUCUGGUGGGCUUCAUGAGACUAGGCGCAAACGAUGACCCUGAUGCUUCGUGGGUCAUUCCAUCGUCACUCACGUCAACGGAGCUUCAAGAGGCCAUCGAUCUCAUUCGCAAGUUCGAGUUCGACCCGCCCAUCUAUGAAGAUGGCAAAGCACCGGAAGAUCUUCUCCGUAGCAAGGCCGCUGCAGCUCGUCGAUCGACACGUCGUGCUGACUUCGAUGACGACUCGGAUGGCAUCGACCAUGACUCAGAAGAAGAUAGAGGGGAGUACGCGCUGGAUGAUCCUACAGCGAGGAAGCCUGAUGGCGAAAGGAGGAAGCUCAAGCGGCGCAGACGAGUUCACACACCAGUCGAGUUGGAUGAUGGGGAGCGUGAGGCCAAAGCUGAAGCCCGGCGGAAGAAGGAGAUUGAGAAGCAGGCAAAGACAAAGAGUACGAUGUUCGUCCACGACUCGGAUGAUGAGGAGUGGGAUGCAGACAAGGAUGCAGCGUUCUUCGCACGUGAGCAAGCACUAAGAGAGGACACUUUGAAACAGUUCAAGAAGUCACUUGUGCUUGGCACUGUUGAGCCUGCGGUGUCCAAGAAGGAACUGUCAAGGAAAAGGAAGGCUGAGGACACAACCAAAAAGAGCAAAAGAAGGAAGUCUCCACCGAAACGUAAAGCAGGGCCUUUCGAUGACAGCGACGACGACGACGAGAAUGCGGGCGAUGCUGCUAGUGUCAGCAGUCGUGCGCUAUCAGAGGAAAUUGAAGCUGUUCUGAGCGAUGUCGAGAGUGAGGACGAAGCUACAGACACACCACUUUCUUCACAACAUGCUGGAAGCAAAGACGACGUGCCCCAUACAUCGGCAGCAGCGACCCCGUCUAAGACUCAAGAUGUUACUAUGGCGGACGACGAUGAUGAUGAUGACGAUACACCCGUUGUUCGCAGGCCUGCGGCACGGCACAUGAGGGCUGGCUUCGUUAUCGACAGCGACUCGGAAUGAGAUGAAGAACAUGUACACUUUGCAUAAGGAGGGUUGAGCAUAGCAUGGCGUUCGGGUUUGUAGCUUUCACUUUUGUAUACCCUCCGGCUCUUAGUAGCCGCUCUAGGUCUGUG